ACCCCACUGCGUCAAGCAGGUCUUCACUCUCCAAAGACACAAAUCCAUGACAGGUGGACGGAUCAACAUGGCUCCAUCACCUCUGGCCACAGCAGGAAUAUUUCUCAUAUUUUACUCAUUCUCAUCAGCUCAACCCAGAGGAGACAACAUUGCAACAUGCAACAUGAAUGAUGGCUUUGGAAAGUACUGCCCCACCACAUGUGGAGUUGCUGAUUACUUGCUGAACUAUUUACCAGGAGUGAAUAAAGAUUUAAACACAAUGCAGCAUGAACUGGAAAAAAUUGCAAAUUUGACUUAUGGGGCCGAAGAAACGAUUUCAUACAUGAAAGAUUCGACAACCGCCGCUCAGAAAUCUGCACUCCCAGAUCCAUAUUAUAAGAAGUCUUCGAGCAUGUUGGAUGAUGUCCUUCGAUUUGAAAAGACCAUCAUUACCCAAGAGCAGCAAAUUAACGAACUUCAAGAAAUAAUCGCGUCCAACGAGAGGAGAAUGGCCGACUUGAAGACUCUCGCAUUCCAGCUGCAGCAGAGAUGCAGCGAGCCCUGCAGGGACACGGUUGAGAUCCAAGACACCACAGGAACAGACUGUCAGGAUAUUGCGAACAAAGGUGCCACCAAAAGCGGUCUUUACUUUGUGAAGCCAGCCAAAGCACCAGAGCAGUUCUUGGUCUAUUGUGAGAUUGACAGCUUUGGACGUGGCUUCACUGUGCUACAAAGGAGACGUGACGGCAGCGUGGACUUCUCCAAGGACUGGAUCCAGUACAAGGAGGGCUUUGGUUACCUCUCCCCGGAUGACACAACUGAAUUCUGGCUCGGCAACGAGAAGAUCCACCUGCUAACAACCACCUCGACCCUCCCGACUGUCCUGAGGAUCGAGCUCGUGGACUGGGAGGGCAACAAAAAGUAUGCUGACUACAACAUGUUCAGAAUUGGGUCAGAGGCUGACAAAUACCGUCUCACCUACGGUUACUACUUUGGCGGUGAUGCAGGGGAUGCUUUCGAUGGCUUUGACUUUGGAGACGACCCCAGUGACAAGUUCUACACGUCCCACAACGGCAUGCAGUUCAGCACUUUCGACAACGACAAUGACCGGUACGACGGCAACUGUGCUCAACAGGACCGCUCGGGCUGGUGGAUGAACAGAUGUCACGCUGGACAUUUGAAUGGAAAAUACUACCAGGGAGGCAGAUACACAGAAAAAGAUGCUGGGGAAUUUGGCUUUGACAAUGGCAUCAUUUGGGUGACAUGGCACAACCGCUGGUACUCCAUGAAAGAAACCACGAUGAAGAUCAUUCCCCUCAGCCGCAUCAACGCACAAGGUGGUCAGCAAGCCGGGGUGAAACAGUUUGGUGGACUUGGAGAUAUUUAGAGAGGACAAAUGUUCAUAGUCUGCUUUUGUUAAUAGACUUUAAUUGUCAGAAUAAACAGUUUCCAUCUUUGCAUGUUUUGGUGAUCUGACUCAACAAACAGAAGAAUUCUGAUGUUCAAUUUUGCCACCUCUUUACUUUAUUGUUCUUUUAAGCACUCAAUAAAUGUAUUUUGCCUA